AUGUCGGCCAGGAUGCAGCAAGGUCAACGGCCUGGAGGCUCUAGAUUUGCACAGUUCAAGCUGGUGUUGCUGGGAGAAUCCGCCGUCGGAAAGUCGUCUCUGGUGUUGCGCUUCGUCAAGGAUCAAUUCGACGACUACCGGGAAUCCACCAUCGGCGCCGCCUUCCUCACCCAGACCAUCGCCCUCGAUGAAAACACGACCGUCAAGUUUGAAAUCUGGGAUACCGCCGGUCAAGAACGCUACAAGUCGCUCGCGCCCAUGUACUACAGAAACGCAAACUGCGCCGUAGUCGUCUACGACAUCACACAGGCUGCCUCCCUAGACAAAGCAAAAGCCUGGGUAAAAGAACUCCAACGCCAAGCCAACGAAAACAUCAUCAUCGCCCUCGCGGGCAACAAACUCGAUCUCGUCACCGAAUCCCCCGAUAAGCGCGCUAUUUCCACGGCCGACGCCGAGCAAUACGCCAAAGAAGCCGGUCUGCUCUUCUUUGAAACGUCGGCCAAGACGGCUGAGAAUGUUAAAGAGCUUUUCACGGCGAUUGCGAAAAAGUUGCCUAUUGAUCAGGCGACGGGGCCGAGGAACUUGAGGCCGGGACAGCAGCGUCAAGGGGUCAAUCUGAGGCCCGAGGCUAAUCAGACGCAGGGGCCUGGUGGGUGCAACUGCUAG